UGGUUGCCGUCCUCUGUCCCCGCUGUUAGUGCAGCCGAGCCCCGCCGCCCGCGGGCACUGGAGCCAGCCCCGCAGCGGGAAGCUGGAGAAACAGACCCUCUUGGCUGUCUGCUGUCCAGGGAGUCGCUGCUCCCUUCAUCACAGCCUUGCGCAGAGUGCAGCGGCAGGCCUGGGGAUGGCCUCAGGAGAGGGACCACAGAGCACCAACCUGCAUGGAACUUCCUUCUCUCACUCAGCUUCCCACCUUGCCACCUGGGACAGGGGAGAUGGAAUAAUUUUGCUCUGGAAAGACUUCACGUCUUGCUGAAUGAAAGCAAGCAAAGAUACUGCUAGAGUUGGGGAUUAAUUAAGCCAAGGGAGUAAGAAUGGCCACGAAGUAGGGAAAUACUGUUUCUUCCGGAAAAGUCAGCCACCAGCGCCUGCAGCUUCAGGAACUGAGACGUGACUGUGCUUGCGGGGGCGCUGACUUCUCUCCUCCCUCCCUGGCUGUGCAGGUCCCGCCUGACUGUCACGCUGAUGCCCGUGCAGCCAUCUGAGCACUCGGAAUGGAAUGAGUCUAUGCACUCCCUCCGGAUAAGUGUGGGGGGCCUUCCUGUGCUGGCGUCCAUGACCAAGGCCGCGGACCCCCGCUUCCGCCCCCGCUGGCGGGUGAUCCUGCCGUCCUUUGUGAGUGCCGCCAUCCUCUGGUUGCUCUGCUCCCACCGCCCGGCCCCCGGCAGGCCCCCCACGCACAAUGCACACAACUGGAGGCUCAGCCAGGUGCCCACCAACUGGUACAAUGACACCUACCCCCUGUCUCCCCCGCAAAGGACACCGGCUGGGAUUCGGUACCGAAUCGCAGUUAUCGCAGACCUGGACACAGAGUCAAGGGCCCAGGAGGAAAACACCUGGUUCAGUUACCUGAAGAAGGGCUACCUGACCCUGUCAGACAGUGGGGACAAGGUGGCUGUGGAGUGGGACAAAGGCCAUGCGGUCCUGGAGUCCCACCUGGCGGAGAAGGGGAGAGGCAUGGAGCUCUCCGACCUGAUUGUCUUCAAUGGGAAACUCUACUCCGUGGAUGACCGGACGGGGGUUGUCUACCAGAUCGAAGGCAGCAAAGCCGUGCCCUGGGUGAUCCUGUCCGACGGCGACGGCACCGUGGAGAAAGGCUUCAAGGCCGAGUGGCUGGCAGUGAAGGACGAGCAUCUGUACGUGGGCGGCCUGGGCAAGGAGUGGACGACCACCACGGGCGACGUGGUGAACGAGAACCCGGAGUGGGUGAAGGUGGUGGGCUACAAGGGCAGCGUGGACCACGAGAACUGGGUGUCCAACUACAAUGCUCUGCGGGCCGCCGCUGGCAUCCGGCCGCCAGGCUACCUCAUCCAUGAGUCUGCCUGCUGGAGUGACACGCUGCAGCGCUGGUUCUUCCUGCCACGCCGUGCCAGCCAGGAGCGCUACAGCGAGAAGGACGACGCGCGUAGGGGCGCCAACCUGCUGCUGAGCUCCUCCCCCGACUUCGGCAACAUCGCUGUGAGCCACGUGGGGGCAGUGGUCCCCACUCAUGGCUUUUCGUCCUUCAAGUUCAUCCCCAACACUGAUGACCAGAUCAUUGUGGCCCUCAAGUCCGAGGAGGACAGCGGCAGAGCCGCCACCUACAUCAUGGCCUUCACGCUGGACGGGCGCUUCCUCCUGCCAGAAACCAAGAUCGGAAGCGUGAAGUAUGAAGGCAUCGAGUUCAUUUAACUCGAAAUGGAGGCUCUGGGCAAGGCCGUCGCUGGGCAAGGCCGUCGCUGGGCAAGGCCGUCGCUGGGCAAGGCCGUCGGGACUCAGCUUUUAUAAAACCAGCUUUGUUUUCUUUUUUUUUUUUUUUUUUUUUUUUUUUUUGAGACGGA